ACCAUGGCCUAUUGCUCCUUCUAUGGGAAGAAGGUGGACCCGGAGCCGGGACGCUGCAGGAGGACUGAUGGAAAGAAGUGGAGGUGCUCCAAAGACGCGUACCCGGACUCAAAGUACUGUGAGCGCCACAUGCACCGUGGCCGCAACCGUUCAAGAAAGCCUGUGGAAUCACAAACCAUGACACAGUCAUCAUCGUCCACUGUGACAUCCCUGACUGUUAGCGGAAGCAGCAGCGGAAAUGGGAGCUUCCAGAGCCUUCCGUUGAGUGCCUUUGGUAAUCCCCAAGGUGCCGGUUCUGGAACCAACCAAUCCCAGUAUCAUCUGGACUCCAUUCCAUAUGGAAUCCCAAACAAAGAUUACAGGUACCUUCAGGGACUAAAACCUGAGGUUGGCGAGCAUAGUUUCUUCUCCGAUGCAUCCGGAAGCAAUAGGAAUCUCCAGAUGGAUUCGCCGCUAGACAACACAUGGCCUCUGAUGCCGUCCAGAGUCGCCUCAUUUCCUGCAUCGAAAUCGAGCGACAACUCUGUGUUGCAGAAUGAAUAUCCCCAGCACUCGUUUUUCCAUGGUGAUUUUGCCUCGGGGGAGCCGGUGAAACAGGAGGGUCAGUCCCUUCGACCUUUCUUUGAUGAGUGGCCUAAAACUAGGGACUCCUGGUCUGGUCUUGAGGAUGAGAGAUCCAACCAAACCUCAUUCUCCACAACUCAGCUCUCCAUAUCCAUUCCAAUGUCUACAUCAGACUUUUCUGCAAGUUCUCAAUCUCCACAUGAUAAUUGAGAGAGGGAGCAUGGUUACAGUUUUCUGCAGCCUCAUUUAAAGGCCAGACAAGUUUUAGCACGCCGACGAGUCGGGUGCUCAAAGAAGAGACUCCCUUGAAGUCUUUUCAUUUUCCUUGGUUAUGGUUUUUUCUGCAAGGCUGUUUGUGUAAAACUACAUUUGCAAGCUCAAGGUAUGAAUAACAUAAACUGUUCGGUAUUUGGGAAAAAUCCAGAACAUUGUGGUCUUGUUAUAUGAUAGAGCAACAAAUUUUGGCCCGUCUUUGAUUGCUUCCUUCCCAUGUACCAAAAUAAAGUUGCUCAAUCUUUCAUGA